AGAGAUGUAACUUAAGAUAAGGCGUUCUGGUUUUGGCUUUCGUUUUACAUUCUCUUCGCUCCUCAGUUCGGACUACACGAUAGAACGAGAGGAAGCAAUUAAGUUCAAAAUUCAAUGCGCAACUAGAAGUCAUUUUAAAACUUCAGAUUCAGUUUGAUGUGAAUUUCUCUCAGGAGAUAUGGAGAUGAGCACCAGUCAAAAUGGUAGUAGCAUCUUGUGGUUCUUCAGGGAUAAGGGUUUUGAUGAUAAAACCAUCAAUUAUGUGUUCAAAAGGUGCAAGCGUCUGCAGGGUGUUGAAAGAGAAAGAGCCUCUGAGAACUGGGCUUACUUGAAAAGCAUUGGUAUUCAAGAGAGAAAACUCCCUCACAUUAUUACUAAGUGCCCUAAAAUCCUUACUCUAGGUCUCAAUGAAAAGCUUGCACCCAUGGUUGAGUGCCUCACUACACUAGGAACAAAACCCCAUGAAGUUGCUUCCGCCAUAACCAGAUUUCCUCAUAUACUCUCCCAUAGUGUGGAAGAGAAGCUCUGUCCACUCUUGGCGUUCUUUCAGGCUCUGGGAGUCCCUGAAAAGCAACUUGGAAGGAUGAUACUGCUCAAUCCGAGGCUUAUCAGCUACAGCAUUGAAUCUAAGCUCAAGGAAACUGUGGACUUUCUAGCUAGUCUUGGCCUGGCCAAAGAUGGAAUGAUUGGUAAAGUCCUUGUGAAACAUCCAUUUAUGAUGGGUUAUAGUGUUGUUAAUAGGCUUCGCCCUACUUCAGAGUUUUUGAAAUCAGUAGGACUGAAGGAACUAGAUCUUCAAAUGGUAGCAGUAAAAUUCCCUGAACUUCUGUGCAGAGAUGUGAACAAGAUUUUGAGACCAAACUUUAAUUAUUUAAAGAGAUGUGGGUUUGAAGAUGGACAGAUAGCGGCUUUGGUUACUGCUUAUCCCCCCAUUCUUAUCAAGAGCAUCAAGAAUUCUUUAGAACCUAGAAUAAAGUUUUUGGUGGAGGUUAUGGGACGACAAAUUGAUGAAGUUGCUGAGUGUCCAGACUUCUUUCGGCAUGGCUUGAAGAAGAGUCUUGAGCUGCGACACAAGCUUUUGAAACAAAAGAAUGUAGACUGUAGCUUGAGUGAAAUGCUCAACUGUAAUGCAAAGAAGUUCCAAAUAAAGUUUGGUUUAAUUGCUUAAGUUGCAUUAUUUCUGUCCAGUGAUUGUAAGUGUCCACAAUUUCGCACACAAUAUCUGUUAGGACCCAUGAAUAUACCCAUAAGAAGGAGAAACAGUUGGCACAAGCACAGGGGAGCAACUUGGGAAGCAUAAGUGUCAUUCACAUGAAAAGAAGGGCAGGACCACAGGGAGAUAAUGAUGAACGUGGCAUGAUUUGAGAAGAGUUGGCAGUUAUGAAGAGGAAUAAAGAUCGGAGAGGAGAAAAAAGAGGCAAGAAGGAUAUUAGAAGAAAUGAGUGGAAGGAGAGUACUGGCCUAUCAAAUGCCAAGCAUGGGACUGUUUUAAUGUCAUUCCUUGUUUACUGUUGCAUUGUAGACACUGCUAUCUGUUGAAUGCCAAGCAAGCAUGGAAUUGUUUUAAUACAAAUCAUAUUAUUUUCCUAAUCCA